AUCGACUUUAAAUAACGAGAUUUCAAGGAUGUCGCCGUCGGUUGUACUUGCUAUUUAAAAGGGCGACGGCCCUCGGAAAUGAACCCCUUCUCUUCACCGUUCUGGCGUUCAGGCGCUUCUUUGAGCACUCCCCCAACGGCCUCAGCUGCAGCACGCUUGGUCCAUAAUGUCGUACGACGACGUAGAGAUCGAAGAUAUGGAGUGGAACGACGAGCUUAACGCCUUCACGUACCCUUGCCCUUGUGGCGAUUUGUUCCAAAUCACAAAAGCGGAGCUGCAAUUGGGGGAAGAGAUAGCUCGAUGUCCUAGUUGUUCUUUAUACAUAACAGUUAUCUAUAAUCAAGAGGAUUUCAUGGGCAAAGGUAGUGAUUCUUCGAAGAAGAUAGAGCAGGCAGGAGGACGAGCAAUCGCGGUCGCAUAGGAACUGGAAUUUGAACUGGCAAAGAUAUAAUAUCUUGAGGUUUGCUCUGUUGCAACUGGAAAUCAAGGAGAAAAGUGUACUAACUACUAGGAAGAUCAAUGUCAGGAGAAGUUACUUUCAUUGCAGCUUGAACAUAUUUGAAUUAACAGAUAAAGAAAGCUGAGUGUGCAGUUCGUUCCCAUUCUCAAUUUUGAUCAACUGUUAGUGUGGAGUCGGCAGACUGAUGACUUGUGUGGUGUUGCUGGAUCAUUAAACUCUGUCGAGUAACUUUACAUUUCAAGGCUUUAUACAUGAAAUUUAUAUGACAGUCAAAGAUUGCAUUCUAAAACGUGGCUUCUAAAUUUAAGGAUAUUAUGGAGAUUCUAAUUAUUA